AAUAAUGAAAUUGCAGCUAUAACUUCUAAUCAAAAUAGUCCUAAAGAGACUUCUUCUAGGUUUUUCAGUUAUAGUAUUAUGGCCGAUAAAAGUACGCGGGGUGAAAAGAAAGUAUUAAUUAUUUGUUUUUCAUAUUGGAAUAAUAUUAAAGAAAAGCCAAUAAUUACCGUUACCAAAGUAACCGAUAUAACACAUUGUAAUGCAGAAACAAUUUUGACUACGGUAUAUGAAAUGUGUAAACAAAAAGGAAUUGAUCUCCAAAUGUAUCAUUUUUGGCUAACUGAUAAUACGGCUUAUAUGUCUUCAGAGGCCAAUAGUACAAUCGCUAAAUUUAAUUUAUUAGCAGCUUCCAAAUCAUUUCGAAUACCUUGUGGAUUAUAUGCAACCCAUAUUUCUCUAAUGAAUUUUGAAAAUAAAGUAUUUGGUAAGUUAGAUACUAUUAAGAGAUUAUCAUUAAAAGAACAUCCAUUUAAUUUACUUAAUCUUGCUUUUUAUCUUCAUGAUGGAUACGAUCUUUCAGAUAAGGACAGCCCGUUAAAUCUAAAAUCUGAAAUAAUAAAAAAACUUUAUAAAGCGCUUUUUAAUUUUGAAAUGAGCAAGUAUCAACAACCUAUUCGCCAACG